AUGAAAAGAGAUGAUUAGAUAUAUAUGUCAUCUAUAUAACUUUGGAAUGGAAUCGACACUCCUAUUCAUUAGAGUACUAAUCUAUUUAGCUAAAAAUUUAAGGAGAGUUAAGAAUUUAAUUGCAAUGGCUUCCAGCCCAUGUGUCCACAUCAUCCUCAAAAAAAAGUAUUUAUAUCAUAUAUAUUUAUAGGCUAAAUACUUAUUACAUAAUGACACAGGGCCAAAUGAAAAAUUAUGCACUAAAUGUGCUGUUCAAUUAGCUCAAUAAGGACAUAAAAUUGAAAAUAUAGAAGAAGGUAAUGUACUCAAUAAUCUCUAGAUAAUGUUAAGAAAAAGCAAACUGAUUCAUUCAUUGAACAAUUAUUGUAAACUAAAAGUGAAAUAGAAAAUGUUCAUUCCAAUUUAUUAUCAACUGAAGCCAACCUUAAAAAGUUUUAUAAUGACUAAUAUACUUAAGUUGUUAAGACUUUUGGAGGGAUUGAAAAAUAAUUACAAAUGGUAAUAUCUACUAUCUAUUCAGUGCAAAUCUCAAUUGCUAUGUGCCUUAUCAUAAUCUCUUUGGUCUGGAGUGUAGAUAACCAAUCAAUUAAAAGUUUAAUCCAAAUAAAUUGAACACUAAUUGGCAACCUAUAUAAGUGAUAUCAAAAAUCAUUAUGAUAAGAUUGUCUAAAUGGGUACUCUACCAUUUAAUCAAAUUAUGGGAGGAUAUAGUAGUAAACUAUUCAAAUUACAAUAAUUCUUAAAAGAUAUCCAAGAUAAUAAAGUGGCCUAUCUACAUUAUGAAGGUAAAGUAAGUUCACUUGAUUCCUUUUUAAAAGAAAUUAGUAAAUUAACAGAAAAAGAGUAUUCAAAUAAAAAAAGAAAUCAUGAAAGCACUAGAUCAAGUUCUGAAUAAAAAACUUCUAAAAGUGCUGAAAAGGAAAAGAGGCAUUAAAGCUAACCUAAUAGUAAGGAAGUAAAAAGCUUUGAUAAUUCUGAGAAAAAAACUGCUCAAACCUUUAAAAUUACUGAAGAAUCAAUUGAAGAAUGGAUGGAGAAUUCUAAUUCUAAAUAAAGACGCACUGAACCUGCUGAACAACUAUAAAGUCCAAAUAUUUUAGCUACUAAAUUCUUUAAGAAAUAACUUCCUCCAAGUAGAGCAUCAAUGAAAUAAGAAACUAAUUAAGCUAUGCUUGAUAAAUUAAUUUCAGAAUUUUCUUAAAUUAAAUAAGAAAGAGCAAUGAAAAAGUAAUCUAAGACUCCUGAAUUAGGAAAAUCUGUCAAGGAAGCCUUUCCUAACAAAUUAUCACCUAAAUUUCUUUACAAAAAUUAUUAUAAAUGA